AUGGCUAUUACUGUCCGACAGUUUCCGACCAUCAAGGCCGUCAGGUCGUUCAUUGUUAGCGGCACCGGUGGUGACUAUCAUAAUGUCAAAGGUGGUCAUUGGCUGAUUGACUCCGAUAUUUCCACACCGUGUUCGAUAUGGCCGCAGUAUCGCAAGUCUCGAACCAGCUGGGGGAUCAAUACCCUAGGCUCCAUUUUAGUCGAGAUUGAGGCUAUCGAUGGUACAGUCGGCUUUGCUACAGGAUUCGGAGGCCCGCCUGCUUGCUGGCUCGUUCACCAGCACUUUGAACGUUUCCUCGUUGGCGCCGAUCCUCGAAAUACAAGCUUACUAUUCGAGCAAAUGUAUCGUGCCUCGAUGUUCUACGGUCGAAAGGGCCUCCCGACUGCCAUCAUCUCCGUCAUUGAUCUGGCCCUGUGGGAUCUUCUCGGAAAACUACGAAACGAGCCCGUCUACAGACUGAUUGGCGGCGCCAUGAGGGAACGCAUAGAGUUUUAUUGCACAGGUCCAGAGCCAACUGCAGCUCAAGAAAUGGGAUUUUGGGGUGCCAAAGUUCCAUUGCCGUUUUGUCCAGAGGAAGGGCACGUUGGCUUGCGGAAGAAUGUCGAAUUUCUGCGACAGCACAGAAAAGCCGUCGGCCCCGAUUUUCCCAUCAUGGUUGACUGCUACAUGAGUCUCAAUGUCUCAUACACAGUUGAUCUGGUCAGGGCUUGCGAGGGCCUCGACAUCAACUGGUGGGAAGAGUGUCUCUCUCCAGACGAUACGGAUGGCUUCGAGCAGAUCAAACGAGCGCAUCCCACAGUCAAGUUCACAACUGGUGAGCAUGAAUUUUCGAGAUAUGGCUUUCGCAAGCUCAUCGAGGGCCGUAACCUCGACAUCAUCCAGCCCGAUGUCAUGUGGCUAGGCGGCUUGACUGAAUUACUUAAGGUUGCUGCCAUGGCUGCCGCAUACGACAUUCCCGUCGUCCCCCAUGCGAGUGGGCCAUACAGCUAUCAUUUUGUCAUUUCUCAACCCAACACGCCCUUCCAAGAAUAUCUGGCCAACUCGCCCGAUGGCCGAAGCGUUCUGCCUGUUUUUGGUGACUUAUUUAUCGAUGAGCCUAUCCCCACCAAAGGUUACCUGACCAGUGAAGAUCUGGAUAGACCGGGCUUUGGCUUGACUAUCAACUCUGCAGCUCGUUCUAGGUUGAUUUCGUCAGACUAUCUACUAAAUCCACCGCCAGCUCCUGCUUUGAAAUCUGCCGAAACUAGUCGAGGGGCGUAUAAAAAUCAUACCAAUGGGUCAAGAAACGAGCAGCACUAA